CAUUCGCAUACAUACAUCUGUGUCACCGAUAAGAAGAAGAGUCUCAAUAAACUACUUUUUCACCGUAAACUUGUAAUAUUGUAAUGAUUCCUUUAAUACUUGUACAUUCCUAUGGACAGGAGAACAGCACCAAAAUAAUAAAAGAUAUUUUGCAUGCAAAUGGAGGAGAUUGUGAAGAGAUAACAACACAAGUGGAAGAUUGCAGUCUAGCCGUCUGCAAAUGCAACAUUAUCACAAAAUACUAUGAAACUGAAAUUGGCUUCUUCGAAUGGGACGACCUUGAGUCUAUUCCCAAUAGUUUGUGCAAACAUAUCGAAGGAUGUAUUAUAUAUUUUGAUGCUGAUUGUGUGACUUUCAAUACAAAAAUCGAUUUCCUAAACAAAUUUGUGAAAACUAACAAUAUUGGUUUCCCGUGCAUAUUAACACGAAAUAUUUCCAAGAAAGAGUCUAUGGAUACAUUGCGGCAGAAGUGUGCUUCAUCUAAAUUUGCCGUAUGCGAUUUAAAUAGCGAGGAUGACUACGAUGAUGGUGCAGACAGAGGAUAUGGCGAAGUCAUUGAGAUGUUAAAGAAUAAUGUGUGGUCUAAUGUAAUUGUCGCUGGCAGGAAAUUAAAUCUGGAUUUUAACCAUUUACCAUCCGAGGACAACUCAGAUGAAUCAGUCUCGGAUGAUAGUGAUAUCGAAAAUCAAUUGAAUGAGUUUGAAAAUCUCAUGAAUAAUCUUCAACAGUUUAAAGCAAUGUCUCAAAAUCUGAGUCGCGAUGAGUUACUGGAUAAUGCCGAAAAGUUAGCAGAACAAUUUGCCAAUAUAUUAGCAGAACGUUAAACAAAGUAAAAAAAUAAAAGAAUUGGUAUAGAAUUUGUCUGCUCACUCCGAAUAUUUGUUUAAUAAAAUUUUCGUUAAAAAUAUCGGCGAAUUUGACUUUCA